AUGCCGGUGAAGAUUUUUUUUGAAACUAUAUCUAGUUUUAAAGAAGACCAGGUUUCUGCUGUUUGGGAUAUAGGUUUUGGAAAUAUUCUUGAGUUGAAGUGUACUCACUUGAACCAAUAUCUUUGUCAGUACCUGGUAGAAAAUUUUGAUGAGUGCAAAUGCGGUUUGAGGAUUUCUGAUAAACUCAUUCCGAUAACAGCGACAAAUUUCGAGCACAUUCUUGGGAUACCCAAUGGUCACUUAGUAAUGGUGAACUCAGAAGGAGACAAGGGUAUAACCAAUUGGAGUUGGGUGAAAGAAGGUGGUUUCAUGAAAAAAAAGACUUUGAAGGUUGCCAAAAUUGGUGAGAUGCUUCGAAAUUGGGGUGAUCAAUGCGCUGAUGAUGAUUUUAAGCGACUUUUUGUAGUAUAUGCAUGUGGAUGCAUAUUGUUUCCAAACACUGCUCAUGAGGUGUCGAAAUACUUUUUUGGAAUGGUUGAUGAUGUAGAGAAGAUAAACCAAUACAAUUGGGCAAAAUGUGUGCUUAAUGAUUUGGUAAAAUGGGUUAAUAAAUUGAAGGCAUCUAAAAAUAGUGGUUGCAAUGGUAGUCUACCUUUUUUAAAGAUUAUACCACAAGAGAAGGAGGAUGACGACGGGGAGGAGGAUGAUGUCGAUGUUGAUGUUGAUGUUGAUGUUAAGGAAAUUAAUUGUUUUAUUAGAGAAUUUGGAGAGGGACUUCCAUUAAGUCCAUCAAAUUCAAAAACGGAAAUAUUGGUACAUAUUGACAAUAAUAAAGAUAAAGAGAUGGAGAAAAACAGAGAGAAAGAUGGAGGUGAUUUAAAAAUUGAGAGAGAUAUUCAAAAUGAUAAGGAUAUUGAGAAAGAGGAGCAAAUAAUACAACAGUCUGGCCGUGUUGUGAUAGAUCUUUGUCACCUAGAAAACUCUUCAGUGAAGCCUUCAAAAUCAGUGCGUGUCAAGCAACCAAGUCGAUUCGUAAAAUCUCCAUUUUACAUUGAAUCGGUUAAGAAGCGUAAAAUUUUCUCUAACAAAUAUACAAAGAGAGUAUUGAAGUAUGCAUCAAACCUUGAUGCACCCGAUAAGGAAAUAUUGGUGGAUAUGCAUGAACAUUACUUAAGCGGCAGACAAGUUUGGAUAUUAUUGAGCAGAGAAUGGAUUGAUAGCCCGUUAUUAAUUUUAAAGGGUCAUGAGUAUGCUGGUACUAUGCAGAGAGUUUUCUUGGAUGAUGUAUGGAAGAAUAGCUUGAUGAUGUUUAAAUUAAAUGAAGAUGAAAUUCUAAAAUGUAGGCGGUUCUUUUUCCCUACGUCAAAUGACAACCAUUGGCUCCUCUAUGUUAUUGAUAUUGACAAAUUAACCAUUUGCUACCUAGACUCCCUUGACAACAAGAUUAGAAGAAAAUAUGUUUACUUACUGGUAGACCCUUAUGAAAUGAGAUGUAAGCUUGGAUUAGAGCUACUCUUAGAUAAAGAUAACAAACACAUUCAAAAGUUGAGGGAUAUUAUGCAAAAAGAUUAA